UUUUCGUCAAGGGUAGUUGGUGGAUGUGAAAAUCGUCGAAAUUUUCCACACACACACAAAAAAAGGUUUUACAAAUAUUUCCCAUAGAUUGAAGCAAUUUGUAGAAAAACCUUACCAGCAAUGGAUAAAAAGUCCAAGGAAGCCUUGAGACGUUACAAAAAAGCUCGCAAGGCCGAAUCUAGCAGUGAAUCGAGUUCCAGCAGUGAUUCGGAUUCUGGCUCGUCAAGCUCAUAUAGCAGUUCCGAUAGCGAACGACGGCAUCGUCACAAAAAAUCAAGGCAACCUGGCUUGAGGCGCUCCAGCAGCUCUAGCGGUGAUGAACGCCACAAGCGCGACAAGGAGCGAAGAUGCCAAAAGAAAUUGGAAGCCAAACGUAAUCAUUUGAAGCGUAAACUGAAGGAAGCCAAACUAAAGAAAAAGGCAGCCGCUGCAGCAGCAGCGUUAAGUGGUCACUCUCAUCGUGCCUUGUCACCGGCAACACAAGCAAAACUGAAAAAAUUGGCCGAACGCAAACACCUGAGGGCGGCCAGCAAAGAACGCCGAGAAAGAGAAAAGGAAAAGCAUAGAGCCCUAAGGGAACGCGAAAGGGAGCAUCAUCAUCGCAGCAGUCGCUCACCCACAAAAAUUACAAAAAUACGCAUACACCAGGAUGUCAAUCGUCAGAAGACGCCUCCCCGCAUGCAUCAUCAGUUGAUGUCUCGUGAAAAGAUUAUCAUACAGACAAGGACACGAGAUCGCACUCCUUCGGCGGAACGUGAACGCUUACGUCAUGAGAAAAUGCGCCAUGAAGAUUUGGCAAGGGAACGUGAGCGACGCGAACGUGAAGCUGCGCGUGACAAGGAAAGGGCUGAGGCCUUGGCCAGAUGCCAGGAAAGACAGAGGGAACGAGAACGUUUAGCUCGUGAGAAGAUACGCAGAGAGGAGGAGGAGAAAUAUGGCAAACCUGUGAGUGAGCGUUUGCUGGCUCGUGGUCCGGAUCGAGAAAUGGGUAGCCGUGGGUUUGAUAGCCGUGAUCGUUCAUUGGAAAGAGCCAAACGGGACAUUGAUCCAUACGAGCACGGCUAUGUGCGCAAACAUAGGGCCGACGAGUAUGAGGAGGAAAGUGAACGAAGGGCCAUUUUGGAGAGAGAAGAAAUGUUACGUGAACGCGAAUACCUGGCACGUCGCCGUGAGCUGAGUCCCACUGAAUAUGCCGGGCCAAGUAGUAGCAGUCGUAUGCGUGGCGACCCUCGCGACAUGUAUCCCGAAGAUGAAAGAGAUCGUGCCUACAAACGUCCUUUCCUAGAGGAGGGGCGUAGCAGCAGCCGCGACCAAUGGCUAUCGGAACGAGAAAUGAGAGCCCGUGGUGAUAUGCAUGAUCCCAGAGAUUACCGUGAGUUGGAAGCAGAACACCUAUACCCAGAAGAACGUGAUCGCUUGCCACCGCCCAGAGAAAGAGAAAGGCCAUAUGUAGGUCGUGCUGCUGCAGAUUGGAAGCGUAAGGAAUGGAUUGGAAGUCCCAGAGAAUGGCCCAGUGAAGAGCCAACCUCAACGCCACACACCUCUGCUCGAGGUAUAGGUGGCGGUGGUUUUGGCACCACCAAAAGAGGCGGUGGUUCUGUUUUACCAGUAAAAAUUGCACCACCAUCAGCACGCGACCAAAGGCCUACGUCAGAGCCCGAUUGGGAUGCCGAAGAGGGACAAAUCGAGGUUUCGAAGAAACCUGAAGUACCGGCACGUGACUCUUGGCUAGAGCAUGAUAAGCGUGAUAUACCAGAGGGGCGGGAAAAAAUUCCCCCCAGCAGCAGGCCUUGGUCACAAGAUUGGCGUGAACGCGAGGAAGCCAGUGUGUCCUCGGGACCACCAAGUUAUUCGCGCGGUCCCCCUGGUCCUAUGAUACAUCAUCCUCGUGGUGAGCGUGGAGGCAGAGGUGGUUACCGUCGCGGAGGCCAUAUUAUACACGGUGAGCGGGUGCCAGGCAUACACAGUUUUAGAGCUCAUCAUCCUCCAGCUUUAUUGAGUCUACCAACAUCUGGGGCAUUCCAUGAGGGCGGCUCUCCCAGAUUCCCCAAUAAGAGGAAUAUGACCUACACCAAUCCGAAUAUUUUGAAGAAACAACAAGCAGCAUUGGCAGCAGCUAAGGCUGGUACCACAAAUCCCAGUAUUUUAGUGGCCGCAGCCAAAGCCGCUGCUCAAAGCACUGCAAGUGGUACCACAAAUCCCAGUAUUUUAGGACAAGGUCCUGCUAUGGGACGCAAUGCUGGCCAAGCCGAUGAUAAGCCAGAGGCAGGAGAAAUUGUUGGUGAACUUGAUGAUAAGCCAAGCGCAACGGAAGCAGACGCUGGGCGAGAACAACAAGGAGAACAAACGGCAGAAAGUGCUGCCGAUAAGGAGAAGAAAUCGGGAGAACUUAGCGAAAUUAGUGAUAGUGACGAUGACAUAUUAAACAAAACCGAGAAGAAGGCCAAACUUGACAAUGAAGAUUCCAAUUCUCAAAGCAAACCCGAAAGAGAAGCAACAGAAGAUAAGGCCGAUGACGAAGAACUUAUGGAUUUUGAAGAAAUCUCCGAUGGAGAACUGGAGGAGGAAAGAGCCGCCAAAGGUGUUGGCGAUGCUUUAGGUGUGGAUUGGUCCUCCCUGGUGGCCGAAACCAAACGUUUGCCAUCAUACCAAACUACAACGGCCAAACAAAAAUGGCAACCGCAUCGUAUUAUACUGGACGUUGGCAUAUCCAUGCGCAUGGCUGGUGAUUAUGCCAAGCAAUUGCUUAUAAAUGCCAAACAACAGUUGGAAGAAGAACUCAAGGAGGAAGCAACUGUUAAAGGCGAAGUCAAAGACGAAGCCACAAAUGCUAUAAAAUCUGAAAUCAAAGACGAAGUGUCAUCCCUAUCCACCUUAGACGAUGAUUCUCAAACUCCAGUGGAGAAUGAUGAAAACAGUACAUCCGACAUUAAGCCCAAAGAAGAAAAGUUGGAAACCAAACCUCCUAUAUCGGAGAUAUCGCCAACUGAAACCAUAAACAUUGAAAGUUUACCUCCGUUGGCAUGCAUGCAAGUGGCGCAAAGAAAGUUACAAAUGGAACGCAAUAACUUAAUUGCAAAUGCAUGUGGCAUGAAUAGUAGAGCUUUAAGUGCUCGGCAAGAUUUAAAAUUGCGUAGACAAUUGUGUGGUCUUCCCGCACGAGAGUGUCCGAUAUCACGCAAUAUUCCUGCUACUAGUGACAAACUAAAAGCAAUGGCUCUAGCUGCUUUUCAGAGGACACUAGAAGUGAAAUAGACGCUUUUAAAUACAGAUGAGAUGAAUGGAUAAACUAUGUUGCGAAUAUUCCUAAAUAGCAAGCUUGCAGAUGAAUUUUACAAGUUUUUCCCCGCUAGAUGUUAAGGUUACAUAUUUAUAAUAUUCUGGAAAUGCCUACAUUAAUGAAUUAUACCAUAGUUUGAAAGAUAUAUAGACUUGUCCUACCAAGAAAUGGUAUUUACAUAGGAAA